AUGGUUCACACCAAGGUCCUCUACUCUGUCCCGGCCCUCCAGGUCCUCGCCGUAUCAGCCGCGCCGGCCGAUCCCCAGAACUUUACUCCUCCCAACAAGCUUGAGGCCAAGAGCUCCGUCUACUACUACACCAACAAUCGCUGGGACGGCGAGUGUAGGACAGUCAAGGUCAACCUCGACGCUUGCCAAUUCAACGACCGCAUCAGCUCCAUCUGGAACAACGUCAAGGGCGCUUACAAGUGCAUCUGCUAUCCGGAUGGUAACUGUAACGGCGAUUCGUACGACAACCAAGAGGACGUCAACCAAGAGGACGCCACCGGCAAGUUCAACGACUCCGUCAGCAGCUUUUCGUGCCACCGCAAGUGA